AUGACCUUCCUGACUCUGACGUCUUGGUCGCGCCGCAAUGCGUAUGACGAGGAUGGGAGGGUCUGGUAUGAGGAGUGCAUCUCGGCCAGAUUUAUUCGGCCUGUUGAAGAGGCCGUGAGGGCGGUCCUGACGAAUGCAGAUUGGGACCCUCUCACUCCCAAAGGCAGCAAGGUGAAGAAGGUAUCAGCCGGGCCGCCCCGGCCAAGUGCUCCGGCCGUGGUCGCCUCCAGGGUGCCGGCCCCUCCCCUGGCUAGGUCAGUGGCCGUGGCCUCCACCGCGGCCCCAUCAUCGACCGCGGCCUCAGCUCCCAGGGCGACGCCUGUGGUGGGGGGACGAAAAACGCUGGCGCAUAGGACCGUGCCAGCCUCACCAACGCCUCAUCCAUCCACUGCUGCGGCCUCGGGUCGCAAGUGGAGUCGAGAGGUAUCAGGUGCCGAGGCCGCACCGGCCCAGAGUGCCGCGGCCGAAAUGGCGGUCCCGCAACGACCGAGGAAGAGGACCCUUUUUACCUCCUCGAAGGGUAGAGGUGAAGAGGAGGCUCCUCCCGCGACUAUGAGUGAGGACGUGGUAAUAGUCGAAGAGGAGGCUACGGUCGAGGAGGCGGCCGAUGCCCACAUGGUGGUUGAGGAGGCGGGGGCCGCAGAAACGACGGUUGAGGGGGCAGCCGUCGACGAAGAAGUGGCUGAGGCGUUGGAUGCUGAGAUCGCGCCUGCAGAGGUGACACCCGCCGAGGAUGCUGCAGAGGGGACGGCCGAAGAGAUUGCUGAGGAAAUCGCCGAAGAGGCCGCUGAGGGAGCUGCCGAAGAGGCUACCGACGAGGGCGAUGAGGAGGCCAACGCAGAGGCCGCUGAGGAGGCAACUGACGAGGCCGCCGAAGAUCCUGCUGUGGACGCCACAACCUUCUCAAUCGUCGCCGCCACUAACCAUGGUUACCGCGACCAUGCUCCUAUGCCGUCGUUCCAAGACUCGAUGGUCGUGGCAGAGUCGGGGAUGACUAGAGCCACGGUCGUGAGUGUGCCGAGUCUCCUGCGGACUACUUCGGCGGUCAUGAUCGACCUUUCGCUCCUUGAAACCUCCUCCUCCGAUGAUCUUGACGAGUUGUACGCCAGCCUCCAUGAGGAAGGGGGAAGCUCGACCUCGGCUCCCUUGGACGAGGAUUCCAAGACCGUUAUCGAACGGCUCCGGGAGUUCCUUCUCCUCGAUGUUCGGCAGAUGACCGCUGCUGGGGCGAUUUCGGAGUUUAGGUCCUGCUUGGACACGGCCAUGGCGCUCGGUCUGCUCGACUCGGCUCAACUGGAUGAACUGCAAGCCCGCCUGGCCGAAGGCGAGGAGAUGAUCGCCCGGUAUUCUGAAGCCGUCAUGCGGCUGGCCGAGGGGAGUUCGCUCGAGCAGGAUCUGGAGGUUCUCGGUGCCAUUUUCUUUUGA